UGAACGUCUCACUGGCAAAGGUUGGCCUCGGGUUUUAGACACAGAUAGAUAUUGAAGAACGAUAAGCUAACAUCAGCUUGCUUUAUAUUGUGGACAUAGAUAUCUUACUUAACGUAUCGCUAACAACGUUUGGUCAAGGGUUGUAGACGCAGAUAUAUUGCUGAACGUACUUCACGUAUCGCUGGCAACGGUUGGCUUUGGCUCGUAGACACAUAUACACUGCUGGCCGUAUCGAUUUAAACGAUGGGUCUUAAGUUUUUGACCCAAAUCUACAUAUUUAUGCAGAUGAUAUCAUGUGGAACCAUGAUGCUAGAUGAUAUUGAGCUAAGAGAUGAGUUGCGGGAUCAAGAAAAUCAAGUGACUGGGGGUCCACCUCAUACAACAGAACUGUUAAAUAGCACGUAUGAUGGAACCAAUGACUGGAACGCAGGAGUACAUGGCGAUAAUACAGAAAUAGAGCUUGAAAACGGCACGAGUGAUAACACGACGAGAUCGGCAAAGGCUUCUUCUUCAGCUCCUCGUGGAAUAUUAGGACAUGCGACCAAUGUUGUUAACAGCACAGAUAAUGGUGAUGGCGUUGAUGGGAAUGGAAAUAUUACCGAAACAGAGCGUGGUUAUUCCAUAAUGAAAAAAUCAAAAAACGACAGCGCAAUGUUUAGUAAAAUAGCAUGGGCAUAUUUAGGAGGCUUUUUUGGCAUCCUUGUCGUUACAGUUGUAAGUCUUGGCUGCAUUCUUAAGAAGGUUUUCUAUUGCAUAGAUGAAGCGACUGAAUCAAUGAAAGAUAAGUUCUAGCCGUUUCUCGAGCUCAAAACAAUAUGAAGAGUUUAUAAAGAUGUAUUAUUUAUUGGAUGGGCCAACUCAUGUCAAUCUUCAUCUUGAUUUUGCGUGACAAGGUCCGAUAAUAUCACAUACAUGAAUACAUCCAUGAGAGACAAAAGCAACCAGAUAAUAGCUUAGAUGGCGAGUUUUGAAAAUCCGUUC